UUGGGCGCUGCUGUUCAUUACAUAGACGGUAGCCGCCUACACUGACCUGGAUAUUCUAGAUGAGGAGCACUCUGCUGACUCCUUUUAAUAUAAUGCAUGUUAUGGCGACCAUGCAGCGUUUUUGUGCUCAACCUCAACGGAUAGGCCUUCGUCUUGAAGGCGUCUGCAUGGCAACUGUGUUGUUCCUCUGGUCUGCUGAAUUGUGACGCGAAGAAGGGCUUGCUUAGCAGCCUAAUGGUCAGUAUCGAUGACUUAGCAACCAAAACCAGGACUGAAUAGCCUCUUCGUGCAAUUUCGAGAGUUUAUUGUCUCUAUUUGCCCCGCCUGCUUCUCUAUUUGCUAACUGGAACUGGAUACCACUCUUGAGUGUGUCGUAACCUCACCAUUACUAAGAUUCAACAGUAUUUACUUCUCUGAAGCGAGGAAGUGAAGCUGUGUUUGUCAAACCAGCUGAACUUGAUAAAGCUAAGACCGGAAGUUGGACGACUUUGCCUUCAACAUAAAGUUACCACAUAGAUUUGGAUUGACAAUAAAUGACGAUGCUCGGCGUUGGACCGACACGUAACGCUAGGUCAACACGACACUCGACUUAAUAUCAGGAGCAGAGAGCUCCGCAUUUGCUACCAUGGUACCAUGCAGUGUCGAUGCGUCUCCGUUCGUUUUAUUUUGGAAGCUGCGAACGGAAAUAGUGCUUUGUUUCUAUUUGACACACUGGUAGGAAGUGGGAUGUGGCCAUGGUGUAUUUAUGCUUCUGUUUAAGAUAUGAAAACCAUUGAAUUAGCACUGCUUCAGGAGCACUGUUUCACCACCGGACACGGCAGUGUUGCUUUCCGUCAAGGUGGUUGUUGUCGGUGGUACAAAACUGCGAACACAACCGAAGCUGCUGUGCUGGUUUCAUCUGGACUGGACCAUAUCCAUGAGGGCUUUUCAACCUCACGCCCUAACAAUUUGUGUGCGGGGCUGUAUUUUGUGCUUACGUAAUAAUAACAGUAUGUGAAUCGUUGACUUUUUAUUUUUUCUUGAGAAAAAAGACUGUGCUUCUCCACCUUUUUUUUAAUAUAUAUAUAUAUUUUUGGUGCAAAUGUCAACAACUCAGCGUCAAGUGAUGAUGGAGUCCUCUCUAGGUCUCGGAAGACUGGAACUGACCCCCAGUGCAGGAGCCGGUGGGGUCAGCCUGACCCCGCGGCUCUCCGGCGGGCACCCCGCGAAAGACAAGUGCGGUCAGCUGCCACUGGGGCCACAAGUCCAGGCUCACCUGAACGGCUGCGUCCCGCUGUCACAUCAGGUGGCGGGUCACAAGUAUGGAGUGGAUACAGUGGGUAUUUUGCAGCAUCCCGAUGGAACGGUCCUGAAGCAGCUUCAGCCUCCACCCAGAGGUCCGCGAGAGAAGCAGUUUUACAGCAUGGUGUAUGCAGAGGACUGCUGUGAUCCAUGCCUUCUGCAGCUACAGAACCAUCUACCCAAGUACUACGGGACCUGGUCCUCUCCUGACAGCCCCAAUGACCUGUACCUGAAGCUGGAGGAUGUGACCCGACGCUUCGUCAAGCCGUGCAUCAUGGACGUGAAGCUGGGCCAGCGGAGCUACGAUCCAUUCGCCUCGCAAGAGAAACGGGAGCAGCAGAUCAGGAAAUACCCACUGAUGGAGGAGAUUGGCUUUCUGGUUCUUGGCAUGAGGGUGUAUAAGAUGUGCAGUGACACAUUUGACUCCUAUGACCAGCACUACGGGAGGGGGCUGGCUAAGGACACCAUUAAAGAUGGCCUGUCUAAAUUCUUCCAUAAUGGGGUUAGUCUGAGGAAGGACGCAGUGUCAGCCAGCAUCAGCAGAGUACAAUGUAUCCUCCGCUGGUUUGAGUCGCAGCACCAGCUGGCCUUCUAUGCCAGCUCCCUUCUCUUCGUCUACGAGGGCCUCCCUUCCUCUUCCUCCUCCUCCUCCUCCUCCUCCCUUUCGUCCCUUCUCAGCACGCCGCCGAUCAGCCCAAGUGCGGGGAAAACUGCCGCGUUGUCAUUGGCGGGGGACAGCGGUCGACACAGGGAGGGGAAAAAGAGACAGGAAGGGGCGAGGCCCGAAGGGGAAGUGGCUGAGUACAACAACAACAACAUUCAGGUUCCAGUGCCCUGGGACUACAGCCUGUCCACCAUCUACACCAACCACAGGAGGGGCGGUCACCACCACUGUGCCAAGGGUCAGCUCCGCGGCAAGAGCGUAGACGGUGAUGCUGUGCAGACGACGCUGAGCCCCGUUUCUGGAGAUAACAUCCCAGCACUGUGCGAAGAAGACAACUCUGCAUGGAAACGAACAGGUGAGUCGCAGCAACCGCGAAACGGAAACAAAUCCCAACUGGAAGGGAAGGAUGAGGAUGGAGAGAGGGAGGGCAGAGGCAGGAGAGAGGAGCCGAAAGGACGAGGAGGCAACACAACAGACGGUAGUGGAGAAGACAAGGGGGUGGAGGUCAGGAUGAUCGACUUUGCCCACGUUUUCCCGAGCGAGAGCCACGAUCACGGCUACAUCUACGGCCUCAAGAACCUGCUGACAGUGCUGGAGCAGAUCCUCUGUGACGCCGCUUAGAGCUCCCACUCCUCCAUCCUUUCUCUUUACCUCCUUACCUGCUCAGUGAACCGCUGUCUCCCUCCUUUCUUCUCAAAAGACAGAAACCUUUAUUCGUCGCGAGGGACGAAUCAAAGAAGUGAAUAUUAAAACCGAACUAUCAUCAUCAUCAUCAUCAUCUCACCUGUUUGUGAUGGCUCAUCGGUCAUGUGUGUGUUUGUGUGUCUGUCUGUGAGCAAGGUGGGGAUAGUAGAGGCUGACAAUUGCGUUCCUGGCGUUCCCACCG